CCGUGGCUCCGGAGGCGGAGUCGGGCUGCGCUGCGAGUGGAACGGGCGGGCUGAGGCAGCCGCCCCACUAUGGGCAGAGCCAUGGGGCUGGCUGGGCUGCUGCUGGGGCUGGUGGUGGUGCCCGCCGUGCUGGUGAGCACCGGCCUCCGCCACGGCGCCCCGCGGGCCGAGGCCGAGCCGGAGCCGUCCGGCUGGGAGCUGGCGGCGGACCCCGUCCCCGAGGACUCGCUGUGGCCGCUGCCGCAAUGGGUCCGCACGUACCCCCGCCAGCUGCAGCUAGCGCCCGGCCGCUUCCAGCUGGUGCACGGCGCCGGCUCCUCGGCGGGCCCGGGCUGCGGGCUGCUGCAGGAUGCCUUCCGCAGGUACUACGAGUACAUGUUCGCGGAUUCCCUGCGUUGGCCGCGGGGCCGCAGGCCGCUGGCCGCCCGAGCGGAGCCCGAGCUGUUGCAGCUGCAGGUGGUGAUCGAGGCGGGGGACCCUGGCUGUGACAGGCACCCGCAGCUCACCUCCAGCGAGGCCUACUAUUUAAGUGUAACUGAGCCUGUGGCUGUACUGAAAGCUGCUGAGGUAUGGGGUGCUUUAAGAGGGUUGGAAACCUUCAGCCAGUUGGUUCAUGAAGAUGACUAUGGAAGUUUUCUUGUCAAUGAAUCUGAAAUCAAUGACUUCCCAAGAUUUGCUCACAGAGGAGUCUUAUUAGAUACUUCAAGGCAUUAUUUACCAUUGAAAUCUAUUCUUACAAACCUGGAUGCCAUGGCUUUUAAUAAGUUCAAUGUCCUCCACUGGCACAUAGUAGAUGAUCAGUCCUUCCCUUACCAGAGCAUUUAUUUCCCUGAAUUAAGUGAUAAGGGGGCAUACGCCUCUAGUCUCAUCUAUACUCCUACUGACGUCCGCCUGGUGAUUGAGUACGCGCGGUUGAGAGGCAUCAGGGUCAUCCCGGAGUUUGACACGCCAGGACACACACAGUCCUGGGGAAAAGGUCAGAAAGGCCUUCUCACUCCUUGUUACAAUGGAAGACAGCCAACUGGGUCCUUUGGACCUGUAAAUCCCAUUUGGAAUACGACUUAUGACUUCAUGAUCAAGUUCUUUAAAGAGAUCAGCAGUGUAUUUCCAGAUGAAUUCAUUCAUUUAGGAGGAGAUGAAGUGGACUUCAGUUGUUGGAAGUCUAACCCUGAAGUGAAACAAUUCAUGAAGAAGAAAGGUUUCGGCACAGACUAUGCUAAACUGGAAUCUUACUAUAUUCAGAACAUUGUGGACAUUGUUUCCUCCUACAACAAAGGACAAAUGGUCUGGCAAGAAGUGUUUGAUCACAAAGCACAGCUGAAACCAGACACCGUAGUUCAAGUGUGGAUGGCAAAUAACUACGCUCGUGAACUGAGCAGUGUCACAGGAGCUGGGUUCACUACUAUACUGUCAGCACCCUGGUACUUAGACUACAUUAGUUAUGGUCAAGACUGGAAGAAAUACUACAGUGUCGAGCCACUUAACUUCCUUGGAUCUGAAAAACAGAAGAAACUUGUAAUAGGUGGAGAAGCCUGCCUGUGGGGGGAAUUUGUGGAUGCAACUAACCUGACACCAAGAUUAUGGCCUCGAGCAAGUGCUGUUGGGGAGAGACUCUGGAGCAGCAGCAACGUGACCAACUUGCAGGAUGCCUACGAAAGGCUGACUAAGCAUCGAUGCCGCAUGCUCCGCCGUGGCAUAGCGGCCGAGCCGCUGUUUGUUGGAUACUGUGCCCAUGAAGCCAGGCCAUAACUGCUGCACAGAGUACUUGACAACAGCCUGAAGUGCCUCUGGGGAUGAAUAUGCACCUGUGGUUUCCUACCUGAAUCAAGACUUGAAUUUCUCUCUUUUAAAAUAAAAUUAUUUGACAGCC